AUGGCAAGAUUUUUAACCUCAAUUCAUGCAACUGAAAGGAUUUGUCUCGCGCUAGCACUGCUGACGGUAUUGGUGUUGCAUGCCAAAAAUCUUCCUUUGGACACGGCUUCCACAAAAACCAUGGCCAGAAGAGAAGCACGUAAUCGUGAUCGUGAUGGUGAUCCUGUUGCUUUAUUGGAUUUCAAGUCAAAAAUUCAGCAUGACCCUUAUGGGAUUAUGAACUCAUGGAAUGACUCUCAUGAUUUCUGCUCAUGGAAGGGUGUUCUAUGCGGUCGCAAGCACAAAAGAGUGACCAGCAUAGGUCUUCAAAGCAGAGGCUUGGGUGGCUUCCUGUCACCGUUUCUUGGGAACCUCAGCUUUCUUCGUGCGUUGAUGCUAAGAAACAACACCUUCCAAGGUGGAAUCCCGCCCCAGUUUGGAAAUCUCUUCAGGCUGCGGGAACUGAAUCUGUCAUGGAACUCCCUGGAAGGCGAAAUUCCAGGCAAUCUAUCCCAGUGCUUCAAGCUUUUGCAUCUUAGCCUAAGCUACAACAAGCUAGUUGGGAGUAUACCACCAGAAUUUGGUUCCCUGAGGAACCUUAAAUCCCUCGCGAUUCGCGACAAUAACCUUACAGGAGCUAUCCCUCCUUCCAUGGGGAAUCUUACUUCCCUGAGUUUACUAAAUGCGGCUGCAAAUCAUUUGGAGGGAAAAAUUCCCGAAGAAUUAGGUCAGUUGAAAACGUUAAAAAUCAUUGGAUUUGGCGAUAACAGACUAAAUGGUAACAUCCCUGUUUCUGUCUAUAAUCUCUCUCAGCUGGAGGUUUUGUCUCUGUCAAGUAAUCAGCUACAUGGAACUCUUCCUUCAGCAUUAGGUCUCAUGCUUCCUCGCCUUCAGUGUCUCCAGUUGAGAGACAAUCAGUUCUCGGGGGUACUUCCAGCCUCUUUGUCAAAUGCCACUGAGCUACGCUGGAUCGAAAUUGGAGGCAAUGGAUUCAGCGGCGGAAUAACAGUUGAUUUUGGAGGCCUGCAAAAUUUUAUUUGGCUGUUGGCAGCAGCUAAUAAUUUUGGAAGUGGGGAAGUACUGGAUGGAUUGCAGUUUCUCAGUACCAUGACAAACUGCAGCCAAUUACUUGUAAUUGAACUAGCUUUCAACCAACUAAAGGGGAUCUUGCCCAACAGUAUCGGUAACUUAUCAUCCCAAUAUUUGUCACUUGGCGGAAACCAAAUAUACGGAGAAAUUCCUUCAACGGUAGGUAAUCUCAUCAGCUUAACGACUUUAUUUAUUGACAGUAAUCAACUCACAGGGACGGUUCCUAGUACAAUUGGUUAUCUUCAUAAAGUCCAGCGGCUGUCUCUUCAUUCCAAUAAAUUGUCAGGAGAAAUUCCAGAGUCUGUAGGAAACCUCUCACUGUUGAAUGAACUAUAUUUAGCUGAUAACCACCUGGGGGGAUCCAUUCCACCAGCUCUUGGAAACUGCAAGCAGUUGUUACUCCUAGGACUUUCUAAAAACAACUUGAGUGAUACGAUACCAAAAGAGAUUUUUGGGAUAUCUUCCCUGUCCAUUUCAUUAGAUCUUUCUCAGAAUCAUUUAUCUGGAACCAUACCAUCAGAGGUUGGCACCUAG